GGCAGUGAUCAGGACACUGGUAUGGGGUAUGGCGGUAAUAAGAACGUUAGCAGGCGGUAUGGAGAUGAUUAGAACGCUGGCAUGGUAGUAGCCAGGAAGCUGGUAUGGGGGUGAUCAGGAUGCGGGUAUGGGGCAUGGCGCUGAUCAGACCGCUGGUAUGUGGUAUGGCAGUGAUCAGAAUGCUGGCAUGGGGUAUGGCAGUGAUCAGGGUGCUGGUAUGGUGUAUGGAGGUAAUCAGGGUGCUGGUAUGGCAUAAGGCAGUGAUCAGGGUGUUGGUUUGGGGUAUGGCGGUGAUCAGGACAUUG